AUGUCGACAUCCCCACACUACAGUGCUAUCGCACAGCGCGCAAUCGAGCUGUUCCAAUUCUACUCAGACGCCAACCCCUCGGCGAGAUCCACCCAUGCCGCGUCUGAGCCUAGCUCCGCAGAUGGGCUACCAGCAUUGGACUUUGAUGUCCGCACUCUGCAAGCGGAGGAUCGGUAUCUCUACGGUAACUUUGUCGACGGGACUUGGGUGUCCAAGCUAGAGAGCGACGUCGAGGGGGAACAAGGGAUGUACAAUGUCGCCGUCGAUCCAACGUUGCGUACUGCAUACACCUUCAUUUUGCCCACAAAGGAUUACCACGAGCAGUCCGCACCGGUCCGGCCCGCAUAUCUCACCCACGCGCAUAGAUUGCUAGUUGCGCUAGAGGAGGAACUUGGGCCCGCGGGGCAUCUCGGCGAGGGCAAGGUCGUGGCUGUCUCGGAUCCUCGCGUGGAAGCCUUCACUGCCCUUCUGAACGGCACACCAGACUCGCCAGAGCCGUUCAUCCCAAAGACGCCGCAUUACAACAUGAUUCUGUCGCGUGAGGAGAUGGUCAUUGUGCCCAGGGAUGACGAUGGCGCUGCCUACCUUCUCGAGUGUAAGCAUGCCACGACAACAGUUGCCGGCGAAUGCAAGUCUUUCACCACCACGGCAGACUCUGGCAACCGGGCCACUCGCUACUCGUGCGCGGUUUGCAACAGCUGUGUGUGGGACCAGUACAGCAACCCCGACGAGCUUGAGGUGCAUUCGGGCAUAUUUCCCCCGGGCUCCAUCGCGAAGCCGGCGCUGGAGAUCUUCAUGCGCAACGCAGAGACGUGGGAGACGCCCCACGCCUGCAGCCAGUACCAAGGGGGACCCUGA